AUGCCACCUCCUACUGGACCAACUCCACCAACUCCUCCUCCUGUAGCUGUUGAUCCUGCCUCUAACCUUGCACAAGAUUGUGGUCCUGAGAAUGUGAGAAGAAAGAAAAAAGAGCCUGAGAAGAAAAGUAAACAAUCACAAGUUUGGGAGCAUUUUGUGAAGUUACCUUUGGAAGAAAAAAAUGGAGAGAAGUUGCAUAAGAGGAUAUUAAAUUUCUGCAUGAUUGAGAAUCAUAGGGGUGACACAAUUGGAAAGACAAUUGAGAAGUGUCUAUUAGAAUGGGGAAUUGAGAAGGUGUUUACCAUAACAAUGGACAACGCAUCAUUUAAUGACACGGCUUUGUCUUAUUUGAAAAGAAGGCUUAGGAAUUGGAAGGGCAUGGUUUGUGGGGGUGAUUACCUUCAAUUGAGAUGUUGUGCACAUAUUCUUAACUUAGUGGUUAAUGAUGGGUUGAAGGAGUUGAAGAAUAGCUUUGAUGCUAUCCGCAAUGCAAUUAAAUAUGUUCUUUCUUCUCCUGCUCGUCUCCAAAAGUUUAAAAGUGUUGCUGAGUUGGAGAAAUUGGACACUACUAGCCUUGUUUGCCUUGAUGUCAAUACUCGGUGGAAUUCAACUUACUUGAUGUUGGAAUCUGCUUUGAAGUUUCAAAAGGCUUUUGAACGCCUAGAAGAUGAAGAUGAAGAUUAUAUGGGGCAAUUCAUUGGAGGCACUAAGCGUGAAGGCCCUCCUGAAGCUAGUGAUUGGAACAAGGCACGUGUCUUUCUCAAAUUUUUGAAGGUAUUCUAUGACAUAACUUUGAUGUUUUCAAGUUCACUAAAUGUUACUUCUAACACUUGUUUCCAUCAAAUUGCUCUUAUUCAUGAGUUGUUGGAAGAUAACAUUGUGAAUGUUGAUCCUUUGCUUAUGGAAAUGUCCCUAAGUAUGAGAAGCAAGUAUGAAAAAUAUUGGGGUCAAACAGAGAAUAUGAAUCCUUUACUCAUUGUAGCGGUGAUUUUGGAUCCUCGGUACAAGCUUGCUUAUGUGAAUCAUAUAUUUGAGCAGCUUUUUCCUGAUCUUGAAGUUUGCAUGGCCAUAAAAAUUAAGAUCAAAGAUGUCUUGUACUGCAUAUUUAAUGAGUAUUCUAAAGGACUAGGGACUAGUACCCCAAGCAAUGCUUCUUCUUCUAUAGUUCUAGGAUCAUCAACAUGUUCAAUACUUGAAGGCUAA